CAACAUGGAGCAGUGACUAUUUUAGUAAUUCAGCAGAAAGUCAGGGCCUCAUAACCACUCCAUAGCUGGCAGCACAAGAAUCCCACAUUCUCAUUCUCUUAAGCCUGUCAUUAAAAACCAGUUUCUCUGUACUUCAUACAUUUUCACAAACCCCAAGAAGAAUGGAACAGGGAAGAAGAAGAAGAAGCUCUUUUGGUCCUAUGUCCUCAACUAUUCCUUGUCUUCUCCUCCUUUUGUUCUGUCUCUCAGGAUCUGCUGAGGCCUACAAGAAUUACACAGUUGGCGACUCUUUAGGAUGGUUUGACAAUACUGAGAAAUCCAAUGUCAAUUACCAGAAGUGGGCUGACAGUAAAGAAUUCAGCUUAGGAGAUUUCCUCAUUUUCAACACGGAUACUAACCACUCAGUGGUUCAAACAUACAAUUUCACCACAUAUAAAGAAUGUGACUAUGACGAUGCACAAGAUAAGGACACAACCCAAUGGUCAGCAGCUGAUCCAUCCAACACCCAAACACAUCCUGUGACAGUGUCAGUUCCUUUGGUGAAGGAAGGGAUGACAUACUUCUUCUCAGGUGAUUAUGAUGGUGACCAAUGCAAGAGUGGACAACACUUCAAAAUAAAUGUGACUUAUGGACAAGGGUUGCCAAAGAGUCUUAAAUCCCCAGAAGAUGCACCAUCUCCUGCUAGUCCUGUUGCUGGAGAUGAUGAAUCAGCACCAGACACUAUUGUUCCUUCUAAUUUCAGUCACCCCAAAGAAGAAAGUGAUGAUGACAAAGCUAGUGAUAGUGACAAACAGAAAUCAUCUAGUUCUAUUUCAAUCUCAAUGUAUGCACAACUUCACAUUGUCUUACUAGGGAUACUACUUUUCUUGUUUUAAAGAGUGGAGAUUUAUUUUAUAUUAUUUUUUAAUUAUAGAUAUAUGCUACUAUUAUUUUAUCUAUUUUUUUAUUGGGUGUGAGUGAGACAGUGGGGUUUUGAGUUGAAUUGUGAGCUAGGAUAUACCACAUGUUAUUGUUGUAAACUAAAAUAAUGUAACAAUUAAUUACAAUCCUUUAUUGCUAAUUUGCUAUAUGAGUUUCAAUUUAAUUA